CGGUCAACAUAAACAGCCCGUGUCAUAUGUACGCGAUGAGUUGAUUGAUCUGGUAAAUACUAGGUCUACUCAUCAUCAAAUUCUCGAUUUCAUCGAGAGGCAGCAUUGCGAUUCCGACUUUCGUAAGAAGAGUUCGUUGAAGACUAAACUUGCAAAGAUCUAGUCAUCUUAAUCAUUGAGACUGAAGGGCGAUUUUGUUACGCCGCAGACAGCCGGAGCACGGUGAAAUUUGUGAGAGAAACGGCGAUCGAGUGCUUCAGUUUCUUUGUGUGUGGUCAGUUAAAACACAUCGCUGGAGAAAAUGGACACCAGGGUGGUCUUUCUUGUUGCAUUAGCAACAUUCAUUUCUACUGCCAUAAGUACCCCCACCCCUAGCUUGCCAGCAAAUCAGGGCACUGUAACACCAGGUGCAGAGGUCCCAGCUAAUGGGACAACUGAUAUAGCUCCUACUCUAACACAAGAGAGUGGAACGACAGAAGCUACAUCUACUGCGGGCCUAGUAACAACCAAGGCACCAACAACAGCUCCAGCAACAACAGCAGCACCAAAAACACCGUCAACAAAAGUUCCAAAAACGGGCUCAACCAAACCGAUUGGUUCAACCAAGCCGAUGGGUCCAACCAAGCCGAUGGGUCCAACCAAGCCCAUGGGUCCAACCGUUAAACCGCAACCAACCACAAUGGCCCCCAAGAGAGGUUUUGAUGCAGCAAGUUUCAUCGGCGGAAUCGUUCUUGGCAUUGCUAUUGUCCUGAUUAUUGGCUUUGGGUACAGUUUCUAUAAGACAAGACGGGAUAAAAACUACCACACGCUCUAAGCCAGUUACAACUCAGAGUAG